AUGCAGGCUGCCAUCCGCCAGCAUUAUCAAGACUAUGUUACGGCCAAUAACAUUAUUGGCUGGGACUUCUCCACCUCUAAGCUGCGAAGAAGAAAGAUCAACUUCUUGGCUAACGAGGAGGUCAUUGUUGCACGCUUUCACCCAAAGGAAAGCUGCAGGGUCUUUCUCGAGGCAGCCUACAUGUCUGAAGAUGAAGACAAUGUAACCAAUGAGCAUGUUCAAUCCAUCUCGUACACCUCCCUCCGCCCAAGUUGGAGAACGGACAAGGUAUUUGUAAAAGCGGUAACGAAUAAUCAUUUGGAUUCUCUCCAUGGGCAUAGAAACCCUGGACAUCCUUUGCAUCGUACGGUCAGAGUCGUCCGAUCGGUUUUGCCAAUUGAGAAAUUGGCUAACUUACCCAGCUGGGUGUGUUACUGUACUGUAAUUCAAGAAGAAGUAGCCACUGGACCAUACGAAGGUAACAUUGUUCUUAUUCCACGCAUCACUUUGUGCUCCACCGUGGAACAAGUUGGUGUUGAAUUCAAGAGAUGUCAAUUCCCAAUUCGACCAGCUUUUGCAAUGACAAUCAACAAAUCACAAGGCCAGACAUUAGAUUCCGUUGGUUUAUAUCUUCCAACGCCUGUUUUCUCGCAUGGACAGCUGUAUGUAGCAUUAUCCCGAGUCAAAAAACCCAGCGACAUCAGAAUUUCAAUUCCUAAAGAAAUAUCAACUAUUGAAGGUGUAGAAGGAUCAUACACAUCAAAUGUUGUUUACACUGAAAUAUUUCGAAAUUAA